UUUUACAGCGGGGAUACAACCAUGCGCCUGCCGGUUAUUGCAGCAAUCUGUAUUCUUCUCCUUCUGUCCUAUGGAGUUAAUGGGAAAUCCGUCACCAAGAGACAUGUGCGCCGGGACUGGUUGAUCAUUCCAGAUACGGUGGCCUUCUAUAUCUAUAGCGCUGUGAAUUAUGUCUCUCCAGAAGCUGGAAAGACCCUAAUGGAUCUUUUUGAAAAUUCGCUGGUUCAAAAAAUACGGGGCUUUUUAAAAGAAAAAACAUCUGAACUUUCCCUAGAAGCUGAGAAACUGUAUAAGACAAUCCAGAUACUAUCAGAGUUCCUGAAUGAUAAGUAGUGAUGCACAAUGAUAAUGGACAACCACCGGCCGGUCAUCAGACACAGCUGCAAACAUUUUACUUUUUGGGUAUCCCGUAUUUCCCCACGAAUGUCUAUGGAAGGGCUGGUAGAAGGGGGGUGACCAUGGGGGUAUCAGGAUGAAGAAUUAAUAUCAAUGUUAACAACACUUGGAGAUCUAUAACCCCGAUUCAUUAAAGUUAUCA